AAAUCGCAAUCAAUAUUGUUCCCUCCACCAGUCAUCGAAGCGGCAGACCACUCCAAACUCAGUCUUACGCGGCAGCUCAAGACGAUCGGAAGCGUCCACACCGCUGGUGCGCAAAAUACAGCCAAAACAGGACUGUUCGAACAGUGUAUAGUGGUUGCGUGUUUAUGUGCGUGUGUACGUGUGCAUGCGUCUGCAGGAGGUCUUGACCAACCUGGAAGGAGCCAAUUAACUUUUGGUUUUGUUUUGCUACUGCCGUUCAUCCGCGUUUAUAGCGAUUCCUUCUUUCCGACCUGGUCUGCCGACAAAUAGCCUUCGCACAAUGGAAGCCGAUAGUAUCGUUUACAGCAACUGCAAGAAUCCGGCCAAAUAUUUACCCUACCAAUGCACACUGAGUGACAAAGUGAGGAAGCUGGCCAAAGCGGAACUCCGCGAGACGGAGUUAAUUCGCGAGCAGUCGCUUGCCCAAAUGCGUGAAUGGAUCGCCAAAAAUCCACACAUCAAAAAGUGCCGCACCGAUCCACUCUUCCUGCUGCGAUUCCUCCGAACGAGGAAAUUCUCCGUCCCGCAAGCCUGCGAAAUGCUAGAGAAAUAUCUCUCCAUCAGACAGUCCUAUCCGGAAUGGUUCCGCAGCUGUGACAUUGAUGAUCCGGAACUGGAGGCUAUCAUCGAUAGAGGCUACAUCUUGCCGCUUCCCCGCAGCGAAAAAGAUCCCCAGCAGCUGGUUCUAUCGGUGGCGGGGAAUCUCGAUCUAAACAACGUCCGCUCGACGACGCUGGCCAAGGCGCACUUCUUGGUUCAGGAGGUGCUGGCCGAUGACGAGGAAGCGCAAGUCUGUGGCUAUGCUCAGUGCCUGGAUGACCGCAAGCUGUCCAUGAAACUGAUGGCGUUAUGGUCGUUUAUGGAUAUUAAAAAGAUAGCGGAUUGUAUGCAGAAUGGGAUUCCAACCAGGAUACGGUCGUUCAAUUUUAUCGGUUUACCACCGUCGGCCGCCACCUUGAUGGAGUUCUGUGUUUCGUUGCUCAGUGAUAAACUGAAGAAGCGUAUCAGUGUUUUUCGCUCGGUGAACGACUUCGCCUCGAAAGUGGACAAAAGUGUGCUUCCGGAGGAGUACGGAGGCACCGCCGGUCCGAUUGUAGACAUGAUCGCCCAGUUCAAGGAACGAUGCCGGAGGAAACGAGCCCAGCUGCUGGCGAUGGAUGAGAUGCACAUCGAAAUCACCAAAUCCUCCUCCUACUGGGCGGAAACCUGCCGUGGUGAUUUGGAUAGCGGAAUAAUCGGAAGUUUCCGCAAGCUGGAGGUUGACUAGGCGUUAGUGAAAUUCAAAGAUGCUACUUUCUUGUGUUUGUUUUAUUCGUUUUGUACACACAAUUAUUAGAAAAAUAAUACCAACCGAUCACGUCACGUGAACUACAUUCUGUUGUUUUUAUAGAAUUAAGGCCCUAAUAAUAAUUUGUUUUCUUCAUGGCAUAAGGUGAACUUAUAAUAUGAAACUGUAAAAACUAAACGAUGACUGUAAAUAAAAGUAUUAUACAACCAA